AUGAUUAAUCUCUCUUACGAGUUCUUGACAAUGACACUGGCAUUAGAGGGGGCAGAAGACAGUUUGAAGAGAAUUUCUUCUUCUAGUAGUAAUCCUAAAGUUGAACAUUUUCUUGAUUUUAUAAGAACUUUACAUCUUCCAAUAUUGGAGGAAUCAGAUCAAAGUAAUGAAGGGCCAAGCAAAAGUAUUAUGACUACACCCUGCAUUACAAAACUACACCAGGCUGGGGUCAAGUUUAAGUUGGGAUCAAGCAGAAACUUAUUCGAUAUACGAUUCAACGAUGGGAUUCUAGAAAUUCCAAAACUACAAAUACACGAUUACACAGAGCUCACACUCCGUAACCUCCUUGCCUUUGAACAGUGCCAUUGCCAAAACAAUUACAUAAGUGAUUAUGUUUCACUCAUGGAUGACUUUGUGAACACCGAAAAGGAUGUAGAGUUCCUUCUGCAGGAUGGGAUUGUCGAAAAUAUGCUUGGUGACUUCAAUGAGGUGUGCACUCUGAUUAACAACCUCGGAAGAGGAGUUUCUGUGGAUCGUGACAGCUUCUACUUUGCUACUCUUUCUGAGCGCCUCAAUAUCUACUGUAGAAAGCCUUGGAACAGAUGGAAGGCAAAUUUGAGGCAAAAUUAUUUCAAUACACCUUGGGCAACUAUUUCUGUCAUUGCAGCUGUUUUGCUCCUAAUACUGACUUGCAUUCAAGCAGUGUGCUCUAUUAUUUCUGUUAUGCCUUCUAAGAACCAGAGGCAUUAG